AUCUCUUUCAAAGAUAUGUCUCUCAGAGUCUGUUAUUCUGUUAAGAAUAAGUCUCUUGAGUGAAAGGAAUAAGAAGUUACCUGAAUUGUUGUUUUGACAAGUCUUAUAUUAGAACUAUGCCCAUGAGUCAUACAAAGUUUUUUCCCCUCAUGCAUAGUAGUUAAUCCCUCAUAUGCACCAACCAUCAGCAACAGAUUCGACAAAUAUUUAUGAACACUUAUUAAAAAUAUCUAAAAAUUUGUUCCACAAGGACCUCAAGGACUAUGGAGAGCACAUGUGAGACUCCUUUAGGCAGGACUGUGCCAGUCUGGAUGCGAUCUGGCUCAUUUUAAUGUGCCAGAUUUCAUUUUAUCUUUACGAAUACAGUCAGUGUGUCUGGAUUCUUUGGCAAGAGAACUUCCUUAAACAGCUCUGAGGCCAAAGACAGGGGUGUCUGUGUCGGAGAACUGUGUCGAAUAUCUCCAUCAUGACAUGUGAGAAUCUGCUGCUGCUGCUGCUUCUCCUGGUGUCCCAUUUUCCCUGUGGCACAAUGAUGACCAAAUGUCCAUUGAAUAUGCAGAAGGAGGAAAAACACAGAUUCAAUUACUACAAGCCAGGAGACUUCCUGAUUGGUGCAAUCAUAUCCACAACUAUCACUAUAUUUCAACCAUACGUUUUCUUUAAACCUCCAAACAACAGAUUUCAAAGUACACAGAGUAUAAGCUUCUGGCACGUCCUGCCCUUCUUCUUUGCCACUCAUGAGGUCAACCAGAACCCAAAGCUCUUACCAAACAUCACCUUGGGCUACAGCAUCUAUGAGAACUUUUUCAAUUCAAGGAUAACAUACGAGGUGAUGAUGGAUUUGCUUUCUACGGGGCAGGAGAAUGUCCCAAACUACAGUUGUGGAAAGCAAAAUAAUCUGUUGCCUCUACUUGAAGGGACUGAUUCUGAUCUCUUUAGUCAAAUUUCCACCAUGCUGAGCAUCUACAAAAUCCCACAGAUCAAUUAUGGGGUCAUCAGCCACAUUCCAGAGCAGAAACAUCAUUUCCCUUUUUUCUACCGGGUGACCCCAAGUCAAGAACCUCCUCACUUGGCGAUUGUCAAGCUGCUCCUGCAUUUCCGAUGGACGUGGAUCGGCCUCGUUGCUCCGGACAAUGAAAGUGGGGAAAAGUUCAGGAGAACUUUUAUGCCAGCAGCCCUAAGGAAAGGGGUCUGUGUCGCCUUCUCAGAAAGGUUACCCGUGGUUAUUGAAGUGGGAAAGAAUAAGAACAUCCUUCAAUAUUUUAGCGAUGCCAAAACAGAGAAAAGGACACAAUAUUAUGAUUUUAAUUCACAUUACUCUGCUACGGGGAAUUUUGGGGAGGCAGCAUUUCAGUGUUCCUAUCCAAGCCCCUUGUUGUCUAAGAAAUCUUGGAAUACGUGCCUGGAAAAAGAGAGCUGGGAAACCCCACCCCAGGAUCUGGUGGAAAGAAUCCUGUCCGAGGAUGGCUCCAGUAUUUCCACAAUAAUCCAGGUUGUGGCCUCGGUCCUCAGUGCUGCCUCUUCUUACCAAUUGAGUAAGAGGAGGAUGCGUGUUGGGGACCAUCAGACACCCCAGAUAAUACAGCCAUGGCAGCUCCAUCCUUUUCUUAGAAACUUCCAGAUUUACAAUCUUUCUGUGGAGGAUGUUUAUUUGGCUGAGGGUGGAAUUCCUGUUGCUGACUUUGAUAUUAUGGACUGGGCAGUAUUUCCUAACAAGUCUUCUGCUGGGGUGAAAAUAGGGAAUGUUGAAAAAGAAGAAGUCUCUGCAGAUAUCAAGUUCUCCAUCGAUGAGAGUGUCAUCAUAUGGCCAACUUUGUUUAACCAGGUAACCAGGUCUGCCUAUUUGUGAAUAAUAUUAUUAUUCACCCAUUCC